UGGCGCUGUACGUGUAGUCUCGCAGUGUUACGGUCGGGAAUUCACGCGGCCCUGUGUUUGUAGCUCUCAGCUAUGAGAAGACUUCUUUAGACACAUGGAGCCCAUACGCUUUAGACCACCACUGUAUGAACAGCGAUAUGAAUUUGUGAAAUCUUAUAUUCAUACUCACAAACCCCAAAAGGUUGCAGAUUUGGGAUGCAGUGAAUGCUCACUUCUGCACAAGCUGAAGUUUCAAGACUGCAUCGAGGAGCUUGUUGGUGUGGACAUUGAUGAGGAUGUAUUGAAAAGGAAAGGGUACACCUUAACUCCUCUCCCAAUCCAUUACCUGGAGCCUCUGGAAAGGCCAUUGACUGUGACGUUGUAUCAUGGAUCUGUGUCUGAGAAGGACCCUGCUCUGCUUGGUUUUGAUCUGAUAACUUGCAUUGAGCUGAUCGAACACCUGGAAUCUGAUGUCCUUGAAGAAUUCCAGGAUGUACUGUUCGGUUUUAUGGCUCCUAAUGCUGCAGUGAUCAGCACUCCAAAUGUCGAGUUUAAUGUCUUACUGUCUGAAAAUCCACGCUUCAGACACCCAGACCACAAGUUUGAGUGGAACAGAAAAGAAUUUCAGAGCUGGGCAAUGAAUAUAUCCAGACAGUAUAAUUACACAGUAGAGUUUACUGGGGUUGGAGAGGCAAAACCAGAAAGUAAAGACGUUGGUUACUGCUCCCAAAUUGGGAUAUUCAGGAAGAACUACACCGAGAGCGAGGAAUCCAUGAAUAACAAAAAGAACUACAAAAAUGUUUAUAAAAGAGUUCUUCAGGUAGUAUAUCCAAGUAUUCGAGAGGAAAAAUACCUACGUAACGUAGUACUGAACAUUGCUCUCUCCCAUGCAAAUCGUAUGAAAAGCAACUUUAUACAAAAUCUUUUUCCUGAAGAAGAGGACAAGACCAACACAGCAGACAAUGAAAAGGAGCCAUAUGUAAUGUCGCAUUGGUGUUCUAGUCUUCAAAAUCUAGCAGAAACUAUGGAGAGCAAAGACAAUCCACCAUACCUGGAAGGAGAUGCUAUUCAUGUACCACUUCAAACUCUUUUUUCUAUCCCCAAAGUGAAGAAACUUUGUGGAAGUCUUGAUGUCCUCCAAAAUAUGAUGAAUGGAGAAAUGCCACUAAGCAGUGAUAGGAGCGCCAUUGUAUAUCCUCUUCAUGUAGAGAAUGAUUUGGAUUCUGAUAUAAGUGAUGAGUGAUAUAAGUUAUGCAUUUUACAUGCUAAACAUCAGCUGUUUAGGUUUUUCUUUUUUUAACUGAUGCCCAUGUUUGAUUUUUGAAGAAAUUUAACAGAUUCAUAUUUAUUUUAAUAUUCACCUCUCUGGUGAACUACAUGGGUAAAUUAAUGGUUAAAGAAGCACUCCCACAGAAAUUGUAUUCUCUGGCCCUUUAGAAAGGUACAUGAUGCAAAUUGUAGUGAAGGUAAUCUUCUUAUCUGUGACUGUAGUUGUGAGUUAUAACCUCCCUUCUGGUCCUCAGCUGUGUUAUGUGACCAUCUGACACAGGGCUUUAUGUGUGGACAGGAAGUCAGUUUCACUAUUCAUUCCUAUGAGGCUGACAUCGAGGCUCCCAUAGAACAAAGCCGCUGUGUCAUUUAGAGAGUCUGAGUGUUGGUCGCAUGACACAGCUGAGGACCGGAAGGGGGUGGAUAACUGACAGAUACAUUCACAGAUAAGAUUAGCUUCACUACAAUUUGCAUCAUGUCCUUUGUAUUGGGCCAAAGAAUAAAACAUUUUGUGGGAGUGUUUUUUUAACCUUCCACUUUAAAUCCAUGUUGCUUCCUAGAAAAGUUUACCAGAUAAUUCCAGUGAUUCUGUUGCCGCCUGAAUGAUAUAGCACGGCUUUCCACAGAGCAUGCUUUCUAUACCCAGUAUGUUCUUCCUUCGUUUAUAGCUAAAUGUCCUUCAAAACGUAAAAAGUGUUAAGUAACUAACCGAAGAUGCAGCAAGUAGCAGCUUGAACCAAACCUUCCUUUAUUUGCCCCACAGUGAAUUUUGCAAGGGAAAUAUAUAUUUUUUUUAAUGGAAAAUGUUUGUAAUUGAUCAUAGCUUUAUGAUAUAUCGGUACACUGAAAUAAACUUUUCAGUUUUCAGUCUCUGAAUGCAAACAAUGUUUCAAUUCACUAUCAGUUAGCAUGGGUCUUGAACAUGGUGAACAACAGAACAAUCAGUGUAUUCAGAAGUUGAUUAGCUUUACUGGCUUAUUAGUAUGGCCACCCAUACACAAUGUGCACUUCACCACUAAUUGCCAGGCCGCACUUGUACAUGCUGUUUGAAGUACAGCUGAGGCCUGGCACUUCUCUGUAAGCCAAGUGUGGAUCCCGCUGUCGGACUGCAUUGUCUAUGGGCACCAUUCCUAUAUUAAUGACCUAUCCUUUGAAUAGGUCAUCCCUAUCAGAUCAGCGGGGGUCCAACCUCCGGCACCCCGCUGAACAGCACUGCAUUCUCUUCACUGUGUACCUGCUCAAGGCUGACAUUGCUGUGGCAAGGUGUAAUUGCAGCUCCUCUGUCCCAUUCAGUGGGAAGGAGCAGUUACACUCCGUCUGCUCCUUCCUAUUGAAGUGAAUGGGAGCUGCAAUUACACCUGAUUACCUCUGCAAUGUCGACAGCGAGCAGGUAAACCGUGAAGAGAAUGCGCUGCUUCCUCUCCGAACAGCUGAUUGGUGGAGAUGGUGUGAGUCGGACCCCCGCUGAUCUGAUAUGAUGACCUCUUCUGAGGAAAGGUCAUCAAUAUAGGAACCGGGUCAAUCCCUUUAAAUUUCUUAUGUUUUAUUUUUAAUCAGAUUUCUAUUUAUUCACUGCAGUGUAUUUUCCAGAGAUCAAGGACAGAGAUGGCACUAACAUCUUUCCUCCAUAUAAAAGCAUAUGUCCACUUUUAAAAACCAUAUUCAUCCACCUUAAAAUUCUAGUAACUUUGUAAAUGCAUCGUGUUACUUCCCCUGUACUGUUUCUGAGGUCCAGCCUGUGUUUCAGUAGGAAACUGUGGAAUAUUUUCUGCGUCCUGGGAUCAAUACGAUAUUUUUUACAUUCAUUUUGUAAAAUGGCCUUGACAGGAGGUCAUGCCAUUUACUGGAAUGAAUAUGUAGCUACAAUAUGUACCUGGAGUACGGUGAAUGAAACUGUAAUACAUGCUGUAUCUUGGCAUCUAUACUAUAUACAUAUUGUAAAGCUGCUCAGUUUUUCAUGUCAAUUAGUUUUGUAAACGACCUUGAGAUAUCAUGAAAGUGCAGUUCCCAUCGCAUAUUAUUUAUUGGAAUGAAUACAUAGCUGUGUUGUUAUCUGAUACUCUAUGUAUAAUUCUGUUUGUCUGCACAAUACAUUUCUGUUUGUACUGAACGCCUAGUAAUGGAAACCAUGGUUCAGAUUAGCUGACCAGGCCUAAUUUAGCAAAUCUGACACACAGUCAGGUCCAUAAAUAUCGGGACAUCGACACAAUUCUAACAUUUUUGGCUCUAUACACCACCACAAUGGAUUUGAAAUGAAACAAACAAGAUGUGCUUUAACUGCAGACUGUCAGCUUUAAUUUGAGGGUAUUUACAUCCAAAUCAGGUGAACGGUGUAGGAAUUACAACAGUUUGCAUAUGUGCCUCCCACUUGUAAAGGGACCUUGGUCAUCUGUAUUUUUAUAGAUGGCUGUUACGGACACGGCAAUACCUAAUAUGUAUAAAUUUUUUAUUUAUUUCACUUUAACACAAUAAUAGCAUUUUUUUAAACAAAAAAAUGAUGUUUUAAUGUGUCCAUGUUCUGAGAGCUAUAGCUUUUUUAUUUUUUUAGCGAUUUUCUUAUGUAGGGACUCAUUUUUGGCGGAAUGAGGUGAGGGUUUUAUUGGUGCCAUACGCCUUUGCGAUCACUUGGUGUGGCACUUUUUGUGAUGUAAGGUAACAAAAAUGGCUUUUUUUGACACAGUUUAUAAUUUUUUUUUAUGGUGUUUAUCCGACUGGGUGGAUCAUGUCAUAUAUUUAUAGAGCCGACCGUCAUGG